UUUUCAAGCAUCCCACACAGAGAGGGUUAGGAGUACAGUCCCUCCUGCAUGUGACCCAUUCUCCUCCUAUUGCUGAGAUAUUUCACACUAUUACAUUAAAUUUUCUAGUAUAUAACAACAAUAGAACAGCAGGCUAGAAGCUGAAUGAACACCAGGAAAUUUCCAUGUUGUCUUUUGUUUGUUUUUAUAUUUGUUUGUUUAAGUUGGAUGCUGACACACCAAUUCCCAUGUCAUUAAACUGGGCUUUUGGUCAGGCUGGAAUACUGAACUUUGAUUUUUAAGGUAAACUCCUCCAGAAAUACAAAGAUAAUAUUUGAGCCAGUUCAGCCCUGCAGACACCGAAUUGAGGACACACUGAACCUCAGCUUACAAAAUAGCAGCUCCAAGUGGUGCCACAUGUAGCUGAUUCUGACAUGACACUGUGUCUUUGCAUGGCAGGAUGAUGAAGCACCCUAAAAUUAGCCGUCUUACUAUUUCGUAAAGAGCAAGCAGAAAGGUAGCAGGCUGCACUGAGGAGAACAAAGAGGCACAGGAGAGGACCAGAACUGACUCCCAUGCACAGACAGGUCCCACCACUUCAUGCAUGCAAGACGACAGUUUAGAAUCCUCAACUUCAAUAUCUCAACUUCUGAGAGAAAGUUAUUUAGCUGAAACUAAACAUCAAGGGAACAGUGAAAGAAGCAGAUCAGAACCAACUUCACAUAACUUCCUCUACGGCAACAGCUCUGGUGAUUCAGAUGAGGUAGCUGCCCAAGAUGACCUUCCAGAUCUCUCUGCCUUUUUGAGUCAAGAAGAGUUAAAUGAAAGUGUAAACCUAGCAAGACAAGCUAUUGAUCAGAAUCCACUGGAAGCUAAACAGGAUGAGCUUCAUCUCCCAGAUCAACUGAAAAACACUGGAAAAAACAGACAAAUGGCCCACUCUACAGCUUUAAAAACGUCAGACAAUGGCCUGCCUGCAAACUUUUGCCAGGACCGUGCCACAGAUAUAAAAGGUUCCAAAGGGAGCCCUCAAGAUCUAAAGAAACACCUUCCUUCUGAAUCAGAAUCAAAGAAGGAAUUCCUAAACAAGGCAGCAGAUUUUAUUGAGGAACUUUCUUCACUUUUCAAAGCUCACAACUCUGAAAGAAUAAGACCCCGAACCUGCAAAAAUUACAGGAGCAAAAUUGAUUCUAAGAGCAAGUCUGCUCAAAAAGCUAGCUCUAGUCUCUCCGGUACAUCAGAAAACAGAGAGAGGCUUUCCAUUCCGCUACCUCUAGACUUGGAAAACAAAUCAGAGGAAACAUUUGAGAAAAUAGAUGGUCAACUAGCAGAAAACUUGGAAUCUAUCAACCAACUGACAAGUGCGGAACUAAAAACAGAGUUAGAAUCUGCAUAUUCUGAUGAGCCUAUUGGACAGCCACCACGCUUCACUCAAAAACUGAAGAGCAGGGAAGUUCCUGAAGGAACCAAAGUGCAAUUGGACUGCAUUGUAGUAGGAAUCCCCACACCUGAAGUCAGGUGGUACUGUGAAGGCAAGGAGCUUGAAAAUUCACCAGACAUUCAAAUUAUCCAGACAGGUGAUCGACACUCACUGGUAAUUGUUGAAGCUUUUGAGGAGGAUACAGGACGUUACUCGUGCUUUGCUUCAAAUAUCUAUGGAACAGACUCCACAUCUGCAGAGAUUUACAUAGAAGGAGCCUCUUCUUCUGACUCUGAAGGUGAAACCAUCAGAGACGAAAUGGAUCACAACCUAAAGCCAGCUGACACCUCCAUGAAGGUAGCACCUCCUGCUACCAGAGCUGCAACCAAGCCUCUAGAAACUUCCAAGGCAUCAUCUACUGCGGUCCAGCCUUUGUCGGCACCUGUCCAGACUGUGUCUGUGCCAGUUAAUCAGGCUGAAAGCCCCACUAACUAUUUGCAAGGAUUGGAUGGAAGACCUAUAGUUGCUGCUCCUGUGUUUACAAAGAUGUUACAGGAUAUUUCAGCUUCUGAGGGGCAGCUUGUAGUCUUUGAAUGUCGGGUGAAAGGAGCGCCUUCCCCAAAGGUUGAAUGGUAUAGAGAAGGAACACUGAUAGAAGAUUCUCCAGAUUUUCGGAUAUUACAGAAAAAACCACGAUCUAUGGCUGAACCAGAGGAAAUUUGUACUCUGGUUAUUGCUGAAGUAUUUUCAGAAGAUUCUGGCAGCUUCACCUGUACUGCAAGCAAUAAGUAUGGCACAGUAUCUAGUAUAGCUCAGCUAACCGUCAAAGCACCUGAAGACAGUAAUAAUGCUGCUGCCCUUCACACAAUGAGCUCAAUCAACUCAAUAGCUGUUGAAAAUCAAUCGCCCCCACAUAAUCCUUCCCAGCGUGUGGUAAAUGAAAACCCCAAACCUAAACUUGAAGGUGUUCUUGUGAACCACAAUGAACCCAGAUCGAGUUCCAAGAUAGGCCUCCGUGUGCACUUCAAGCUGCCUGAAGAUGAUAAAGGAAGUGAAUCGCCACCAGAAGACGGACUUGGCACUACAAACAAAACCAGACCCAGCUAUUCUCAUGACAAGAUAAACGGACAGCCAGUGAAAAUACCAGAGCCAACAUCACCAUCCAAGGAACCCCCUCCAGUACUGGCUAAACCAAAGCUCGAUCUGACCCAGUUAAAACAGCUUCACAACCAGGUCUUGCUUGAGCAACAGCAAGUGCAUCAGACAUCUACAAGAGAUUUGUCAUUCAACACGACUUCAUUGAAUUCUGCUACUUCACUCAAUCAACAGUCCACCUCAACCACGUACAAGCAAAGCAAAGCCUCUGUUUCACAAGCGUUCAGCUAUACCCGACCUAAGCAGUUCCUACCAUCGCAGACCACACCACCUAUCAUUUCCUCUUCUAGCUCCUCAGUAACAAUAUUCAGCAGCGUCUCUCAAGGAAUGCAAAGAACAAAUAGCAGGGAAAAUAUCACAGGAAAUCCUCCACCUGCACAAUCGAGGUCAUCAGGAGGAUUUACAGGCAAAAGUGAACAGUCUUCACCAAGCCCUAAAGAAUCUACGGUCCCAUUAACACUGUCUACAUCCAGUGUAAAACAGGUUCAACCACAAAGCGUGACUCCUGCUCCUGUCUCCCCAACUGGCUGGAUUCAGAAUCCAGUAGCUUUCCUUAGCGCUGUGCUUCCUUCACUUCCUUCCCCACCAUCAACCAAUGCUAUGGGGCUGCCCAGAAGCACACCAGUCACGUUCAGUGAAGAGCUUCCUGAAACGCGGGUCAUUCAUAAAAUAGACUCAACCCAGGGAGUAACAAAGAAAAAUCCAAAGCCUUUGCAGUUACCAACAGAUGAAUCUAUUCGGGAAAAUAAAGCUGCACUUGUGAAGGACCUGGAAAGAAAACUACAUUUCAGAGAUGAUACUAAUCAACAAAGUAGCCAGCAGGAAUACAGGAUUUCAAGUUUUGAGCAGAGGCUGAUGAAUGAAAUAGAAUUUCGCCUUGAACGUACCCCUGUGGAUGAAUCAGAUGAUGAAAUUCAGCAUGAGGAAAUCCCUACAGGCAAAUACAUAGCGCCCAUCUUUGACAAGAGACUCAAGCAUUUCCGGGUCAUGGAAGGAUCUCCUAUCACAUUCACUUGCAAAAUUGUUGGGAUACCUGUUCCCAAGAUAUACUGGUUCAAGGAUGGCAAGCAGAUUUCAAAGAAAAACACGCAUUUCAAAAUGAGCAGAGAAGAAGAUGGAACAUGUUCUUUACAUAUUGAAGCUUCUACUAAUGAUGACGAUGGCAACUAUACUAUUAUGGCUGCAAACCCACAAGGAAGAGUAAGUUGUUCAGGCCACUUGAUGGUUCAGAGUAUCCCUGUUCGGGGCCGACUAUCAACACUUCAGCCUCACAGAGCACGCUCCCGGGUGCCAGAAGGAGGAGACAAAGAAGCAGUUCAAGAACGCUUUUUCAGGCCCUACUUUCUACAGGCUCCAGGUGACAUGGUAGCACAUGAAGGGCGACUUUGCAGGCUGGAUUGUAAGGUGAGUGGAUUACCAACGCCAGACCUGACGUGGCUUCUGAAUGGCAAACCUGUGCUACCAGACGGUACCCACAAGAUGCUGGUCAGAGAGACUGGAGUUCACUCUUUGCUUAUUGAUCCUCUCUCACAAAAUGAUGCUGGAACUUAUACUUGCCUUGCCACUAAUAAAACAGGACAAAAUUCAUUUAGUCUGGAGCUGACUGUUGUAGUUCUGUUUCUUUUUCCAGCAAAGGAAGUAAAAAAAGCUCCCAUGUUUUUGGAGAAGCUUCAGAACUGUGGUGUUCCUGAAGGGUACCCAGUCAGAUUAGAGUGCAGGGUGGUGGGAAUGCCACCUCCUGUGUUUUACUGGAAGAAGGAUAAUGAAACCAUCCCAUCAAACAGAGAGAGAAUGAGCAUGCACCAAGAUACAACAGGGUAUGUCUGCCUUCUGAUUCAGCCUGCCAGGAAAGCAGAUGCUGGCUGGUAUACCUUGUCUGCAAAAAACGAAGCUGGUAUUGUCUCUUGUACUGCUAGACUUGACAUAUAUGCUCAGUGGCAUCAUCAAAUUCCACAACAAAUAAAGCUUCGACCUGGGAGUAGCCGGUAUGCAAACCUUACUGGCCAAGGACUCGACAUGUAUUCUGGCUUCCCAGCUACUGAAAGCCCUGUGUUGUUUUCAUCCCCAACUCAAAAGAUGGUGGAAAGCGAUGAACUUUGAAACGGACAGAUGAACAAUGGUUCCAGUUACACUUGCAGAAAUACUAGAACUGAAAAAAAUAAAGAGGUACAAGUCAAGAUGCUCAAGGUUUACAAGCAACCUCUUUGUAAUUAAGUGUACUGCUGCUGCAGAUUUUGCAAGUAACAUAUACAAGACUUCUGCAUAGUAUUUUUCUGCAGGAUAAUUGUGGUAUGGAGUGUUGUGCAAUAAAUUCAGUACUGUGUAGUUUGCUAAGAAUUACAUAGUAAACAUAGUUUUCAGCACUUAAAAGCCAAUACCACUUCUACUGCUAGAAUUAAAGCUACCCUCCUGUAGCAAGCUACAUUAAGGAUUGAUGAUGUUUUGCUGGAAUACUGCCCAGUGAAAACACUGAUAUUACAAUAACAAUAAUCCUGAAUGAGGGUAAACAACAUGACUUUGAAUGUAAUUCUAAAAAUUAAAAAAAAAAAAGCCAGAUAAUCACAAAGCACAAGUACAAGGAAAAAGAUGUAACUCAUUUUUAUAUAUGAUUAAGCCAGA